UUUUCACCUAUAGUCCCCAAGUUUCUAAAACUACCUGAAUAGUCCCCAAGUUUUCGAUUUUUGUUCCCGGAUAGUCCCUGGGUCUAACUUCAGUUACUUUUCUCUGUUAAGUGACCCCAUGUGCAUAUCACGUGAGGGGUAUUUUGGUCAGUUUACUUGUGCCUAACAUAUAAAAGUAUACCUGCACCCCUACUCCCUCAUUGUCAGUUGUUUUCCCUCCCUCCCUUAGUCGAAUCCGGCUCAUCAUCUUCCCCUAAUCUCUUCACCCCAGGUAAACCCUAAAUCUGAUCGAUCGAUCAUCUGAUCAUCAGAAUCUUCCCACGAAAAUGAAGGACGACGAUCCUCAACAUCCAAACAACAACCGUCAGUGGAAUUUCCGGUCCAAUUCUGAGUAUGUGAAGCCGUUUGUACCAGAGACUGUUUACGAUGGUUUUGAGAACUUUUUCAGCAUAAAACUUCUUUAUGGUGGUGUGUUUACUCCGUCACCAGGAAGAAAAUACGCUUUUGGCAAAGCUGCUUAUGUUGACUACUGCAACAUUGAGGAAUUUUCAGUGCAUGAAAUCGAUUGGAUGGUGAGAGAUCUUCAACUAUAUGUUCCUGAUGUGAAGUUCUAUUACCAUUUUAAGAUUCCUGAGUUAGAUUUAGAUGUUGGAUUAUGUCCUUUAGGUAAUGAUGGUGAUGUUAGGCUUUUGGCCAAAUAUGUUGCAAAAAACAAACUUAUUAAGGUGUUUAUAGAACAUGGUGAAACCAAGGUUAAAAAUUACUUUAGUCCGACACAAUCGUCGAAGGUGGUUAUUCAAGAAUUAGAGAAUGAGGGGGGUGCUGUUAAUACCAUUCAAAGGCCUAGAAGAAAGAAACUUAGGGUAUCAAAAAAUCUGUUACUUCAAUGGAAAGAUGUAACUGAUGUAGAAGGUUCAGAGGCUGCUGAUAAGGUAAUUAAUGAUGUAACUGAUGUUGAAGAGGGUAACACAGGUGGUGUAGAGACUGUUAAUGCAGAGGGUAACACAGGUGGUGUAGAGGCUGUUGAUAAGUUAAGUAAUGAAGUUGUAAAUGAAGGUGUAACUAAUGAAGAUGUAGAGGCUAAUGUAGGUGGUGUAGAGGCCAAUGUAGGUGGUGUAGAGGCCAAUGUAGGUGGUGUAGAGGUUAAUGUAGGUGGUGUAGAGGUUAAUGUAGGUGGUGUAGAGGUUAAUGUAGGUGGUGUAGAGGCUAAUGUAGGUGUGGAGAAUGCAUCGUUCCAUAACAGUUUUAGCUAUGAUUUUGACAAUGCAAAUUUCUCAACUGAUUUUCCAAUAGAUGGUGUGUCUAGGCAAGCUGAGGGUGAUGAGUCUGAGGUUGGUCAGUCUAAGCAAGCUGAGGGUGGUGAGUCUGAGGUUGGUCAGUCUAGGCAAGCUGAGGGUGGUGAGUCUGAGCAUGUUGAGGGUGUUGAGGCAAGUGAUGGUGCUGAGGCUGAUGAUGAAUCAACUGAGGGUGAUGAUUCAGAUGACAGUGACUUUGUAGAGGGGUUAGAGAGUAUGGAUGAGGCUGAGUAUGACAUGAUGGACUACCAUGCAAAUGUUGACAGGGGUGUGGAGUUUAUGGGAGCUGAAGUAGAGUCUGUUGGCAACCAUGAUGUGGAUACCAGUGAUGACUUAUUAGAUGAUGAAAAUCUAAGUUAUGAGUCUUUUGACAGUUUGACUGAUGAGGAAAUGGAAGAUUUCGAAACUAGGAGAAGUUUGAAAUUAAGAGAGUUGAGGAGGAAAAAGAGGGUUGCACAAUCAACAUCCCAAGUGACCUUUUAUGUGGGUCAGUUGUUUCCAACAGCCAAAGCGGCAAAAGACAAGAUAAACAAACAUGCAAUUGAAACAAGGAGGUCACUGUCUUUUCUGAGAAAUGAUAAAAGAAGAAUUAGGGUGGUUUGUGAGGGUAGAUGUCCAAUAUUCACAUGUGGGCCAAAUCAAACUGGGCCCAGCCAAAGUGGGCCUGGUAUCCAUAUACAAUCUGCAAGUGGGCCUGGUAUCCAAAAAGGCAAGGAAUCUUCUGCAAGUGGGACAAAAAAGGGGUUUAAAAAGGGAUUGGUAGAAUGCAAUGAUAAAAGGAAGGGUAGGUUAAAUAGUGUUGAUUGUCCUUGGGUUUUGUACUUGUCUAGAUUGAGUGAUGAAGAUGAGACUUGGGUGGUAAAGACUUACCAACCGGAUCACAAGUGUCUCACAUCCAGAAAAAUACAGCCUUUCACUUCUACCUUCUUGGCUAAACAAGAGUUUGUGAUGAAUCAGAUUGCAGCCAACCCUAAUAUUUCAGUAAGUAGGCUACAAGAAGAGCUUGGGAGGAAGUAUGAGCUGUCUGUGACAAAAAUGAAGGCUUUCAGGACAAAGCUCAAGGCCACCAAAAAGAUUGAAGGGGACUUCAAAGUUCAGUAUGCAAGCCUCAGGGACUAUGUCAUGGAACUGCACAGGACCAAUCCAGGUACAACAGUUAAAUUUGUUGUUGAGCCUGAGUGUAACCCACAUGCACCCACAAGGAUCUUCAAGAGGAUUUACAUUUGUUUGGGACCACUGAAAGAAGGGUUUAAAGAGUGUAGGAGGGAACUGUUGGGGUUAGAUGGGGCAUUUAUGAAAGGCCCCUACCCUGGUCAGAUGCUAACAGCAGUUGGUUUAGAUCCCAACAAUGGCAUUUAUCCUUUAGCUUAUGGAAUUGUUGAGGCUGAGAACAAAGACUCCUGGAUCUGGUUCCUACAGUGUAUUAAAGAUGACUUGGAUCUUCCAGAUAAUGCAAAUUUCACCUUCAUUUCUGACAGGCAAAAGGGAAUAAUACCAGCCAUAAGUCAGGUAUUUCCAGCAGCUGAGCAUAGAUUUUGUGCAAGGCAUAUUUGGCAGAACAUGAAACUUCAAUGGAGAGGAGAUGCCUUCAAGGAUUGUCUUCAAAAUGCAUCCAAAGCUUAUACAGUUCCAGAUUUUGAAGCAAAAAUGGAGGAGUUGAGGUUGUACAACAUUGAAGCUUAUAAUUGGUUGGCAAGUAUUCCACCCAUUCACUGGAGCAGGUCUCAUUUUACAGGUAGGGCACAAUCUGAUGUGGUGCUGAACAACAUGUGUGAAGUCUUGAAUGCAAGGACAGUCAAUGGUCGAGACAAGCCUAUAAUUUCUGCUUUGGAGUUUGUCAGAGAGUAUCUAAUGCAGAGGAUAGUGAAUGUCAUCAGGAAGAUUCGGCAGACAAAUGGUCCACUUACUCCUAGAGUUGCAAAGAUCUUUGAAAACACAAAGAAAUUAGCUGCAAAUUAUAAUGUUAGGUGGAGUGGUGGGACAAAGUAUCAAGUCAGUGGUAAGGUCACAGUGGAUGGUGCUGCAACACAUAAACAGUAUGUUGUGGAUGUUGUGGAUAGGGUUUGCACUUGUAGAGAAUGGGAAGUUUCAGGAAUCCCUUGUAGGCAUGCUGUGGCUGUCAAUUGGGACAUGGCAAUGAAUGGCCAAGAGGUUGGACCCCCAGAAUCAUGGGUUAAUGAAUGUUAUUAUCUUGAAACAUGGAAGAGGGUUUACAGUCAUACCAUUGGUCCCAUUAAUGGUAGAGAAUUAUGGCCAAAAUCACAGGUUCCAACCAACCUAACCCCACCUCUGCACCACACACCUAUCGGCAGACCUAAGAAGAAAAGAAGGAAGGAUGCUGUGGAGUUGCAGGAUGAAGUUGAAAGGGCUUCACAAGCAAGAAACAAGAGAAACAGGGCUGCUGAAGCUGAUAACGAGCAGGCUGUGGUUGGUGGCAAAUUCACAAGAAAAUGGAAGUCCGUGAAGUGCCAGAAGUGUGGUGAAAAGGGCCACAACCAAAGAACUUGUGGAAGGACCAAAACAGUUGCCGGGCCGAAGAAAGGGAAGAAAGGUAAGAAGAAGAAAGAUGGUAAUCAACCUACUGAGGCUGGUGAGGGAGCUCCAACUGUUUAAGGGUUAUGGUUCUUCGGGUUGUCGGGUUAUGGUUUUUGGGUUGUCUUAAGGGUUAUGGUUCUUUUGGGUUGUCUUAAAACAGUUAUGCAGUCUUUUGUGUCUCUUUAACCUGUUAAAACACUAUGACAAUUAUCAUGUAUGGUUGGAUGUUUAAUGUUCAGUCGUUUAAAGUUUA